AUUGUAGUCUCCACCAGGCAAAGUGGCAGCAGCUGUGGAGGCAGCUUUGGAUGCGGGGUACAAGCACCUGGACUGCGCCUUUGUGUAUGAGAAUGAGAAGGAGGUAGGAGAAGGUAUUCAGAAGAAGAUCAAAGAGGGUGUGGUGAAACGGGAAGAUAUUUUCAUCACUAGCAAGCUGUGGUCAACUUUCCACGAGAAGUCUAUGGUGAAAGGAGCCUGUCAGAAAACACUUGCUGAUCUGAAGCUUGAUUACCUGGACCUGUAUCUGAUCCACUGGCCACCAGGAUUUAAGGCUGGAGAUGCAUUGUUUCCCACUGAUGAGGAAGGACUAGUGAUCCAAAGUGAAACAAACUUCUUGGACACAUGGGAGGCAAUGGAGGAGCUUUUGGAGGCAGGGAAGGUGAAAGCCAUUGGAAUCUCUAACUUCAACCAUGAACAAAUUGAGCUGUUGUUGAAUAAGCCAAACUUGAAACACAAACCAGCUGUCCACCAGUUUGAAUGCCAUCCUUACCUAACCCAGCAGAAACUCAUUGAUUACUGCCAUUCCAAAGGCAUCGCAGUGACCGCAUACAGCCCCUUGGGAUCUCCAGAUCGUCCAUGGGCCAAGCCAGAUGAUCCCUCCCUUUUAGAUGAGCCAAAAAUCAAAGAGAUUGCUGCUAAACAUAACAAGACAUCUGCCCAGGUUCUGCUCCGCUUCCCUAUUCAGAGGAAUUUGGUUGUUAUCCCAAAAUCUAUAACUCCUCAGCGCAUUGUGGAGAAUUCUCAGGUGUUUGAUUUUGAAUUGUCUGAAGAAGAAAUGAAAAAAAUAAUGAGCUUUAAUCGAGGCUGGAGGGUCUGUGCAUUGUCUUCAGCCAGAAAACAUAAGGAUUACCCGUUCAAUAUUGAGUAUUGA